UCUAUAACAUGCAUGGUGUAUCGAGGCUCAUAAGACCUUUCCCUGCAGACAAUAGUGUACUCUGAAUUGACUCAGGCACACAAAAGGUAUACAAAUUACAAUUAUCAUGGCUGUUGUGACAGAGGGACUUUAUGAUUUCGACACUUUUGACAAUAAGACACUCUUUGAAGAUUUGUUUAGCGGAGAUGAGAACUCAUCAGACGAGUCAGAGUUUGAUGUCGAGUUCACCUGUUCAAGGGGGACAGGUCUGCUGUUUUCGACCGUGUUUCAGCCCUUGGCAUACAGCUUGAUGCUUCUACUGGGCCUGACAGGGAAUGGUCUCAUGCUGACUGUGCUCCUGAAUCGCAGAGGCCUUCUGCGUGUCACUGAGAUCUACCUGCUCCACUUGGCCGUAGCCGACCUCCUGUUCCUCUUGACUGUACCCUUUGCCUUGGCUCAGAUGGUCAUGGGUUGGGUAUUUGGGGAAUUGUUUUGCAUAAUGGUGGGUCUGUUGAAUCGCCUUAACAUGUUGUGUAGCAGUCUGCUUCUGGCCUGUAUUGGUUGUGACCGUUACUUGGCCAUUGUUCACGCGGUUCCCAGCCUACAGAGCCGUCGUCCCAGAAACGUGCACCUCACCUGUUUGUUCCUGUGGCUCAUGUGUCUGAUCUUGUCUGCCCCGAAUGCUGCAUUUCUCUCUGUGGCCGAGGUUCAGACCCGUCAAACGUGCAGUUUCCACAGUCACGGCAUCCAUGCCAAAAACUGGCGUCUGACCAACCGGUUUCUGACCCACCUCUUGUGUUUUUUCUUCCCACUGGCUGUCAUGAGUUACUGCUACACAGCUGUGGUGUUUACCCUGUGCCACAGUCAGAGGAGCCUGGAGAAGCAGGGGGCCAUUCGCUUGGCCUUACUGGUCACGGCGGUGUUCUGUCUCUGCUGGCUGCCCUACAACAUCACCAUGCUGGUGGAGACCUUGGUGGAGCUGGGGGCCCUUUCUAAACAAAGCUGUGAGGCCCGUGUCCGACUGGAGCAGGCUCUGGUGAUGACAGAGUGCCUGGGGUUUACACACUGCUGUCUCAACCCCAUAUUGUAUGCUUUUGUUGGAGUGCGUUUCCGUGGUGACCUUCUCAGGUUACUAGUUAGAUGGGGCUGUGGCCGUGUUUGUCUGCCUCUCCUCAGAGCACCGCGGUCCUCUAGGUCAUCAAACUCUGAGGGAGGGACAACCACUAUCAAUAGCACGCUCGUCUGAAAAAUACCAUCUCAGCUCCACCUGUCUGACUUUAAAUUUUUUUGACAAACAUUGUUUUAUAACAGCUUAUCCCUUGUACAAGCUUCAUGUUUGGAACUAUGCUUUCUGACUGCUGUAAUUCAAUUAGGAUGUGUGAUGUUAAAUCAAAUCCAAGGUGUUCAAGCACAGUACUGUCCUGUUUAUCCAACUGCCAAAUAUUUACCAUAAUAUUGCUUGUGCUUAAUGUAAGUAUAAAAUAAAAUGUUAACCAUGUCAACCCAUCUUUAUUACCUUAUUCUGAUUUUCUCACAGACCAGU